AAUGGCGUUCGAGAAUACGUUUCUUCGUAAAUGUUAAUCUGUUUAGUCGCUGGCUUUCAGUCCAGUUCUAUAACAAUCCUAAACGUCAAACUUAUAGGUUAGGCGAUUCAAAAACGAAAAUAAACAAUUUGUUAUCUGCUUUUUAUAAACUUUCAAAUUAUUGCAUUGUUGUUGUAUUUCACCCUUUCGUAGUGUAGAAAAAAUAGACAAAUCACAAAAGUAAAUUCAGAUUAGAAAACCUUGAGGAACGCCUAGCUGUAUACGUUUUUUUUUUAAGAUAACACGGAAAAUAGAUAAGAGCACCGAUUAUUUACCAUGUAUCAGUAAUAAAUUAUCGGAUGUAUCACCGAUUACAUCAUAAAAUCAUGCAUCUUGUUAGGUUAUUGCAACUGUUAAAAAUAAGAAAAUGCACUUUUCUUUUUAUAAUAUUUACUUCUUUCUGUUUAAUGGUGAUAUUAAUAUCCAGAAGCUCCAAUCUAUUUGAUGAAGAUAGAGAAAUAAAACUAAGGAAGAUUGAUGAACUAAUUAAGACUCAAGCCAGUUCGUUGGCUUGUAAACAGCCAAAUCUUCCAGUUAAUUCUCCUGAAAUGAUGAAAUUUGUCCACUCAGUGCCUAAAAUUGACUGCUCAAAAGCUGGGGACGAUUGGGUCAAAUGUGUAGGCUCUGUAUGUUCUAUACAAGAAAAUGCCAACAUUAAAUAUGGUCCUAUAAAGUGCACCUUUGCAGAUGUGAUCAGAUUAGAUGAUUUUAAGAAUGUUCACGGAGAACCACAAGAAGCCUCAACAUAUACCUUGAGAAAAUCGGAUGUUGUUCAUGUAUCAUGCGAAUCAUCUACAAAAAAGUGGAUAGCAACCCUCACUGGUAUCAGGAAAGAUGAGAUUGUCUGGAAUGGUGCAAACUGGGAUAACUUGCCGCCAAAUGCCUUGAAAAUGGAUGUUCUCAUGUUUGGAUUUGAUUCUCUAUCUAGAAACACAUUUAUAAGGAAGUUACCAAAAAGUUAUGAGUAUCUUACUGAAGAAUUGGAAGGGGAUGUCCUCAAAGGAUAUAAUAUUGUCGGAGAUGGAACCCCACAAGCCUUAAUACCAAUUCUGACAGGCAAAACAGAGCUGGAAUUGCCAGAUACAAGGAAAAGGAUAAAAAACACGAAAUUUGUAAAUAGCUAUCCAUUUAUCUGGAACGACUACAAAGAUGCUGGAUAUGUUACUGCCUUUCUAGAGGAUGUGCCUGAAUUAGGCACUUUUACAUAUAGACUGAAUGGCUUUGAUGAACCCCCGACAGAUCAUUAUAUGAGACCUUACUACCUUGAAAACUAUAAGGGAAGAAGCAGAUGGCCCAAGUUGUGUACAGGAGAGAUACCAAGACACAAAGUCAUGUUGAAUACUAUCAGAGAUAUUUUUGCAGUGUACAAAACCAAACCGAAAUUCUUGUUCGGCUUCCACGGCGAGUUGUCUCACGAUGAUUACAACUUGAUUGGCGUUGCUGAUGACGAUCUGUUAGAAUUUUUGAAGGAACUCAACGAAUCUGGGGCUCUGAAUAAUAGCAUUUUGAUACUUAUGGCUGAUCAUGGACAUAGGUUUGCGGAAAUAAGGAACACGGUGCAAGGCAAGCAAGAGGAGCGACUGCCUUUUUUCUCGUUUACUUUCCCGCGAUGGUUCAAGGAGAAACACGCGGAUAUCUACGAGAAUUUCAGGAAUAAUAUCGACAGGCUCACAACGCCGUUUGACGUCCACGCAACUCUGAAGGCUGUGCUUAAUCCUCGUAAUGUCGGUGUGGCUGAUAUAAGUCAAAGGGCUGUCUCAUUAUUCUCUAGGAUUCCUGAAGCUAGAAGUUGCGCGCACGCGUAUAUCGAGCCUCAUUGGUGCGCAUGCCUCGACUGGCAUGAAAUUCCGACUACGGAUCCGAUCGUCGAGCGUCUAGGUGAAACUCUGCUGGACACCAUCAACAAAAUCACCAGCGAUUAUCGGCAAUUAUGCGAGCCGCUGGUCAUCGCCAACUUCCAAUGGGUGACGAAAAUGUCUCCGAACAACAAUCUGCUCCGAUUUAACAAAAACGCCGACCUCGACGGCUUCGUAGCCGAUCUGUCUGCGAAUAUGAACGUUAAAAACGACAUGUACCAGUUGAAAGUCAUGAUGAAACCGGGCAAUUCCUUGUUCGAAGCGAGCAUAACGCAUAAUUUGAACACAGACACGAUGCAGUUGAAACUCGGCGAUAUCAGCAGGAUAAAUAUGUACGGAAGACAAGCGAGGUGCAUCGAAAACGAUUUGCCGCAGCUGAGGAAAUAUUGCUAUUGCAGGGAUGACAUUAAGUGAGCUAAUAUUCUGCAUCCAAUAUUAUUGAAGUCUUACUUGGGAAAGACGUUAUUUACAAUUUUUGAACGAUUACAUUCGCGAUACAGCACAUUUUUGGCUUAACAAAUGUUUUUGUAAAAACCGUAAUACUUUUUAAUUGUGAACAGUUACUUAAUAACAGUUUCUGAAAAUAUUGUUCCUACUCAUAUUGGAUGCGUGACACUGCUAAAAAUGAAAAAAGAUCUCAAUUUCCAUUUCCUCAAAAAUUUGUAUCUCAACCCUAUUCGUUGGUUCUGUGAAUGAAAUUGAGACACAAUCCUUCGAUACCGUAUGAAGAACAAAGUUAUUGAACACCACGUCAGGUCGUAUUUCAUCAAAAUUGUUGAUAACGUCCUUUGAUAGUAAACCUCCUAUAUGGCACCUGAAUGACAAUAUUUGUACAAUCAACGGCUAAGUUUAUUGUACAGAUUGGUUAUGGUAAUGCAUAAACGCGCAAACAUUAAAUUAUUUUACCAAAAUUAGGAAUAAAAUUUCCUAUCAAACAUUUGGAACGCACCAAAAACUCCAAGUUCAUAACAUUCCAAUAUCCUUUAUCUUUUGUCAGAAGAUAGUCAUCACCUAUUAAAAAGAAUUUUUUGCUAUUUCUCGCGAAUCAAAAAGGACAUAUCGAAUUCUCUCUUCAUAAACAGACGUUUCUUAAAUUGUUUUUUCAUUCUUUUUUGUUUUCAACUGUAUUCCGGGCGCCUAAAAAAGGAUGUGAAAGAACGUAGCGCCGUCUUUGAGACAGUAGUAGAAUACAAUAAUGAAUUUAUAAAUCUGCUUUAAAAAGAAGCUGAUAGUAUUGGUUCUGCUAUUGUUUCGUAGAUGGCACUAACCUUUAGUUAAAAGUCAAAUUUUUCGUUUUCUCGCAUCCUUAAGUUUAAUCCUCCUUGUUUAGCCGAUAAUUAAAACCACAGAAUAAGUUUCAAGCGUGACUUUGCUUUGUAUAGUUACUGAUGCAAUUUCUCUUAAUUGUUCUCAUAGCCAACCUAAAAUCGAAAAAAAAACAUGUCUUCUUAGUUAAAUGCCAGAAAUUCAUUUUUGUGUUCUGCUACUAUCUCAUAGAUGGCGGCAGUAUGUCUCGUAUCAAUUUUUGGAUGCCGAAAUGACUUUAGGUAGAAUUGUAUGCUGUGAGGUGAAAUGUAUUCAGAAGACUGUGCUUUCAGUCUUAAAAAGUGACAUGUGACAUAUGUAAAGGAUGUAUCUAGUUAUGUAAGGCAUUUGACAGUGAGAGUAUUAUUAGAUUCCUAGUCAAUUAGUACUGAGCAUAAAGUUACACAUUUUUUGGUUAUCACGUUUUUUGUUGAUUUUUGUAAAAGUGAAUUAAUAAACAUUUUGAGUUUA